AACGAGCCUUCAUAAAAAUUUCUCUGGACUGAGGAAAAGUUUUUUUGUCUACUUCGGUACACACUUUCUAGCCGAAGGGGAACCGAGCUAAUGGCAGAUGGCGAAGAAGCUGAGAAUCGUAAACCUAGCUCCGCCGCAAGAGUAUUUAAUAUCAAGAGCCAAAAGCAGGAGGGCAACGACCUUUUGGGCUCCCCGACCUUCAUCGAUCUCGGUAAUGGUCGUUGGAGAUGCGAGGAGACGGGACAUGAUCUUCCUGCUAGGGAAAAGGAAUCUUACUCCCUUUCCAAAGCCUGCCGCCUCGCUCUAAUCGACGCUGCUCUUGCCAAGAAGAAUCCCCUUCUCAAUACGUUUAAACCCCACCCCGUCUUGAAGUCGAUGCUGGUUUGCUGUCUGACGGGGGAUGUCAUCAACAAAUCGGAGGAGCAUAUAUGGAAGCAUAUCAAUGGGAGGCGGUUCCUUAAGAGACUGGAAGAAAAAGAACUAGAAAGGCUGGCACCACCAGAAAAAGUUGAUCAAAAUAAAAAGGAGAGAAAAAAGAAAAAUUUGAAGUUGAAAGUAUCUUCUGUCCAGAAGAACUGGGAACUUGAAGCUGAUGGGAGUGGUUCUUUGGCAAGGGAUCCUGAGACUGAAAGCACUGAGGCUGAAGAGCUUAGUUUCUGGGUCCCUCCUGUUGGAGAGCGUUGGGACUUCGAUGAUGGAAGAGAUCGUUGGGAAUCUCAAUACUCAUCAGAUCAAGAAACAGAAGCCGAGUAUAACACUCCAUCAGUGUUGAAUGAGGUAGAAUCAUUGGAGCUCUCGAUGUGUACAAAACGUUUAUCAAUUGCAUUGGGUCCAAAUUGCUUUGCCAGAAGAAAGAAGAAGAUGAAAACCUAAGACCUUCGCCACUUCACCAGGUCUUUUCUGCAGGAUUUCUGGUAUUUGAUCUAGCUUUUAUAUAGUUUCAUUCCUGAUGAAGUUUUUGUUUGAUGGUGAUGGAAGCUUCAGUUUCCAUCCAAGCUAACCGCACACUUGUAAAAACUUUUGUCUAAUAGCUAAAUUUUAUUGUGAAAAUGUAGUUAAAUUGUUAUUUACCUUAUUCAAAAUUUCUAGUUGUAUUGUAAUCUUUGUAUCAAAAAUUAUUUGAGAUGUGAAAAGAGAUUCCUAUAGAAUUUGAGUGCCGGAUUCAAA